AUGGAUAAAUCAUGGAUCAAAGCAGAUAGGGAUUCGUUAGAAUAUGAAAUUGAGGUGGAGGAGUUUUUGGUAUAUGCGGAGGGGACUGCGAAAAACCCCAAGUUAAUUCCUUGUCCAUGUGCCCAUUGCGUUAAUUUUAAAAAACUGUCGGUAAACGUAAUUAGGGGCCAUCUGUAUGAAAAUGGUUUUAGUUUAGGCUAUGUUGAUUGGAUUUGGCAUGGUGAGAACUCUUCUAGGAGUUACAAGUCCUCUAUUGGUAGUACUUGUCCAGCCACGAACCCAUGCCCUGCAUCAGAGGCUGCUGAGAUAUGUGAAGCAGCAUAUAAUAAGGGUGAUUACGAUAGAGAAUCACAUGAUUUCAGACGGUUCGUGGUUGAUGCUGAACAACCUUUGUUUGAGGGAAGUGAGUCAACUAAGUUAGAGUCAAUGUUGAAAAUGCAUAACUGGAAGGCUAGGUUCGGCGUUAGUGAUAGUGCCUUUACAGAACUAUUAAGUACAAUUGGCUCUUUCCUUCCUAAAGAUCAUGUUCUGCCUAGUAGUACAUAUGAAGCGAAAAAGACUCUCUCCGACUUGGGACUCGAGUAUAUUAAAUUUCAUGCAUGUCCAAAUGACUGCAUAUUAUAUAGAGGUAUAUAUGAAGAAGCCUCUAAGUGUCCCAAGUGCCAUUUAUCUCGCUGGAAACUAAAAAAGGAUGGUAAAGUCAGAAUUAAUGUGCCUGCUAAAGUUAUGUGGUACUUCCCCAUCAUUCCUAGAUUUAAGAGAAUGUUUCAAUCUGAGUCUACUUCAGAGCUUCUGACUUGGCAUGCAAAAAGGCGAUCCGAAGAUGGCCUCAUGCGUCAUCCAGCAGAUUCUCCUUCUUGGAGAAAUGUAGAUUAUAGGUGGCCUAAGUUUGGUAGCGAGGCAAGAAAUUGA